AUGCUCAACGCAAGGGUUCUCAAUUCUAUAAUCAACUGGCACCCAAUCACUGAGAACUGGCACCCAAUCACUGAGAACUGGCACCCAAUCACUGAGAACUGGCACCCAAUCACUGAGAACUGGCACCCAAUCACUGAGAACUGGCACCAAAUCACUGAGAACUGGCACCCAAUCACUGAGAACUGGCACCCAAUCAUUGAGAACUGGCACCCAAUCACUGAGAACUGCAACAUCAUCAACAUCAGCAACACAGCAACAUCAAAAAUACAGCAACAUCAUCAUCACAGCAACAUCAACAACACAGCAACAUCAACAGUACAACAACAUCAACAACAUAGCAACAUCAACAAAUUAGCAACAUCGACAACACAGCAACAUCAUCAACACAGCAACAUCAGCAACACAGCAACAUCAAAAAUACAGCAACAUCAUCAUCACAGCAACAUCAACAACACAGCAACAUCACAACAUCAACAACACAGCAACAUCAAAAACACAGCAGCAGCAACAGUACAACAAAAUCAACAACACAGCAACAUCAAAAAUACAGCAACAUCAUCAUCACAGCAACAUGAACAAUACAGCAACAUCAUCAUCACAGCAACAUCAACAAUACAACAACAACAACAGUACAGCAACACCAACAACACAGCAACAUCAACAACACAGCAGCAUCAACAACACAGCAACAUCAACAACACAGCAUCAUCAACAACACAGCAACAUCAACAAUACAACAUCAACAGUACAGCAACAUCAACAACACAGCAACAUAAACAACAUCAUCAUCACAGCAACAUCAUCAAUACAACAACAUCAACAGUACAGCAACAUCAACAAAUCAUCAACAUCGACAACACAGCAACAUCAACAAAUCAGCAACAUCAACAGUACAGUAACAUAAACAUUACAACAUCAACAUCACAGCAACAUCAACAACACAUCAACAUAAACAACACAGCAACAUCAACAGUUCAGUAA